ACCAAUGGCUGAAGCUGAACAUGCAUUUUUGUUCUUAAGUUCAAUAUCAUGUGUACAUUAGGUGUGUCAUUUGAUAGAACAUAUCUUUGACUAGUUUCUAUUGAGAACAUAAUCUUUCACUAUAGCUAUUAUGAAUUAAAAUGCUGCAAUGCUGCUGAAAUUUGUCAAAUUAAAGAUUAUUUCUACUCCUCAUGAGAAAGGGUGCAAGUUAUUUUUGUUUUUCCUUUACUGUACACCACACUUGUGACUUCCUCUUUAGAUAUUAGCCAUGCCCUGCUGCACAGUUAAACACUCACUCUUUACUAGACCAGCAGGUUCACACUCCAUAUUGACCAGAUAGCAGAAAGAAACUAAUAUGUCUGAUGACAUUUAUGAAGAUCCAGAUUCUUCCAGUAUUAAUAUAAGACCAUGCAACAAAACAGAAAAUAUAGACAUGAAUGCAGUUCCGAAAAGGUCUCAGCAAAGACUGAAGCACAGCGAGAUCCAGGAUCGUUCUGGGGGUCAUAAUCAUGGUCCCUACAAACUGGCUGUGGUGUUUCUUGGGCUGCUGUGUGUUCUCCUUUCGGCUGUCAUCAUAUGGCUGUGCAUUAAAACGGAGGAGACAAGCCAUUUACAGUUUAGCUACAACAACCUGACUGAAGAGAAAGGCCAGUUAGAGAUCCGUAAUGAAAACUUGAUUGGAGAGAAGGAACAGCUACAGUUAAGGUACAACAACCUGACUGAAGAAAAAGGCCAGUUAGAGAUCCGUAAUGAAAACUUGAUUGGAGAGAAGGAACAGCUACAGUUAAGGUACAACAACCUGACUGAAGAAAAAGGCCAGUUAGAGAUCCGUAAUGAAAACUUGAUUGGAGAGAAGGAACAGCUACAGUUAAGGUACAACAACCUGACUGAAGAGAAAGACCAGUUAGAGAUCCGUAAUGAAAACUUGAUUGGAGAGAAGGAACAGUUACAGUUUAGCUACAACAACCUGACUGAAGAGAAAGGCCAGUUAGAGAUCCGUAAUGAAAACUUGAUUGGAGAGAAGGAACAGCUACAGUUAAGGUACAACAACCUGACUGAAGAAAAAGGCCAGUUAGAGAUCCGUAAUGAAAACUUGAUUGGAGAGAAGGAACAGCUACAGUUAAGGUACAACAACCUGACUGAAGAGAAAGACCAGUUAGAGAUCCGUAAUGAAAACUUGAUUGGAGAGAAGGAACAGCUACAGUUAAGGUACAACAACCUGACUGAAGAGAAAGGCCAGUUAGAGAUCCGUAAUGAAAACUUGAUUGGAGAGAAGGAACAGCUACAGUUAAGGUACAACAGCCUGCAUGACUGAAGAGAAAGGCCAGUUAGUGAUCCGUAAUGAAAACUUGAUUGGAGAGAAGGAACAGCUACAGUUUAGGUACAACAGCCUGACUGAAGAGAAAGGCCAGUUAGAGAUCCGUAAUGAAAACUUGAUUGGAGAGAAGGAACAGCUACAGUUAAGGUACAACAACCUGACUGAAGAAAAAGGCCAGUUAGAGAUCCGUAAUGAAAACUUGAUUGGAGAGAAGGAACAGCUACAGUUAAGGUACAACAACCUGACUGAAGAGAAAGGCCAGUUAGUAAUCCGUAAUGAAAACUUGAUUGGAGAGAAGGAACAGUUACAGUUAAGGUACAACAACCUGACUGAAGAGAAAGGCCAGUUAGUGAUCCGUAAUAACAACUUGAUUAGAGAGAAGGAACAAUUACAGGCAAGAGAAAGAACAUUGAGUGCUGAGAAAUCUCUGCUGGAAACCAACAUCAGAGUCAUGGCUGGUGAGCGAGAUGAACUACAGUCACGUCUUUCCAAACUUGAAUCACAUGACAUGAAGAGAAUUAAAAGUCAUGCAGUGGAUGUGACUCUGGAUCCUGACACAGCACGUAGCUAUCUCUUCCUGUCUGCUGAUGGGAAACAAGUGAGAGAUGGCGACACAAUACCCGAUGUCCCUGAC